AUGGGGUUCGAUGGAUUCAUUACUCUGAAGGAAUUCAAAGACCCUUCUAAUGGAUACUUGGUGAAUGACACUUGUGUGUUUGGAGCUGAAGUCUUCGUCCAUAGAGAGAAUGUUGCAGGCAAAGGGGAGUGUCUGUUGAUGACAGCUGGACCUGACACUUGUAACCAUACAUGGAAGAUAGACAAGUUCUCUGAAUUGGAUGAGGAAUCCCAUUUCUCUAAAGUGUUCACUGUUGUGGUCAUGAUUGGUACCAAUUAUGUGGAAGCACAAUUGCGAAUAAUGGACCAAGUUGGCAGCGAGCACGUGGAAAAUAGACGUGAGUCGUGCAGCAGUGGUUUAAUGGCUCAAGUAAGAAUUGGGGUUGGAAAGAUUCUCUCUUUCAAUAUUCUUAGAGAUCAAUCAAAGGGCUACUUGGUGAAAGAUGUUUGCAUCAUUGAAGCACACCUUCUACUCAUUGGAGCAAUUGAUGAGAAAUUGGGCCAGAAAUCAGGAUGA